CUUUUUUUUUGCUCUCUAGAUUUCACAGGAAUAAGAGCUCAGAACUAAAUGUUGAGGAAUCACUCUAGUGCCACUGAAUUUUACCUCCUUGGCUUCCCUGGCUCUGAAGAACUACACCAUAUUCUUUUUGCUAUAUUCUUCUUCUUCUACUUAGUGACAUUAAUGGGAAACACAGUCAUCAUCGAUUGUGUUGAUAAACAUCUGCAGUCCCCCAUGUAUUUCUUCCUUGGCCACCUCUCUGUCCUGGAGAUCCUGGUUACCACUAUAAUUGUCCCUGUGAUGCUUUGGGGAUUGCUGCUCCCCAGGAUGCAGACAAUGUCUUUGACUGCAUGUGUUGCCCAGCUCUUCCUGUACCUUGCUGUGGGGACCACAGAGUUUGCAUUACUUGGAGCGAUGGCUGUGGACCAUUAUGUGGCUGUCUGUAACCCUUUGAGGUACAACAUCAUUAUGAACACUCGUACCUGCAACUUUGUGGUAAUUGUGUCAUGGGUAUUUGGGUUUCUUUUUCAAAUCUGGCCAAUGUAUGCUACAUUUAAGCUUACUUACUGCAAAUCAAAUGUGGUGAACAAUUUCUUCUGUUACCGAGGGCAACUGCUCAAACUAUCCUGCAAUAAUACUCUUUUCACAGAGUUUAUCCUCUUCUUAAUGGCUGUUUUUGUUCUUUUUGGCUCUUUGAUCCCUACAAUUGUCUCUUACACCUACAUCAUCUCCACCAUCCUCGAGAUCCCUUCAGCCUCUGGCCGGAGGAAAGCCUUCUCCACCUGUGCCUCCCACUUCACCUGUGUUGUCAUCGGGUACGGCAGCUGCUUGUUCUUCUAUGUGAAACCCAAUCAAAUGCAGGCAGCUGAUUACAACAGGGUAGUUUCCUUGAUGAUUUCAGUAGUGACUCCUUUCCUCAACCCCUUCAUCUUCACCCUUCGGAAUGACAAAGUCAUAGAGGCCCUUGGGGAUGGGGUGAAACACUGCAGUCAACUAUUCAGGAACUAGCUUUGCCCUAAGGCAUUUUACAUGGCAAAGCACUUAUUAUGGAUUCUAGAAUAAUGGGAAAAGGACUUACUAUUUUUGA